CGCACCCGCACUAAAUCGCUGGGCGUGCUCACCAAUAGGCAUCGCGGCCGCGGGAUUGGCCCGACAGACUGCCCGACGGACCCCCUUGCGGCACGUAGGACCAGUUUCCAGCCUCAGCAAGCGCUUGCCUGACUGAGACGAGCAGCGAUGGCGGCUGUGGCGAGAGCAGCUUUGCCCCGCCUGGCGCGGGCCCUCCAGGCCCCCGCGCGGAGCCAUGCGCGCGCCAUGAGCUCCGUCGUCGAGCUCAGCUCUUACCUCGAAAAGUACAAAGCCGUGUCCUGCAAAAAACCCUGCCAGAGAGCCAGACGUCCCGAGAUCAACGACGGACUAAAAAGGUCCGCCAAGAUUCUAGGGGCCAUGGACGCCGUCGACGCGUCGUCGCGCCGUCGACGACUCGCCGAGACGCGAGAGACCCCCAUUAAACCCCCAAAACUCACAAACAACGAAACGCAGGCGCAUCGGCGACGUCGCCGGCUCCGGCGAUGCUUUAGCCUUCAACGAGAUGGGCAACGUUAUUAGUGUCGGCGACGGUAUCGCGCGCGUCUACGGCCUCAACUCCGUCCAGGCGGGAGAGAUGGUCGAGUUCGCCUGCGGGCUGCGCGGCAUGGCCCUCAACCUCGAAGAGUCGUCGGUCGGCGUCGUGAUCUUCGGCGAUGACCGCGAGAUUUUGGAGGGUGAUGCGGUCAAGCGCACGGGAGCGAUCGUCGACGUGCCUGUUGGGGAAGGGUUGUUGGGCCGCGUCGUCGAUGGCUUAGGCGAACCUAUUGAUGGUGCGGGUCCCCUCAAGGACGUGACGCGCGGCCGCGCGGAAGUCAAGGCCCCCGGCAUCAUCCCGAGGCAGUCCGUGUCCGAGCCCGUGCAGACAGGUUUGAAGGCUGUGGAUGCCCUCAUCCCCAUCGGCCGCGGCCAGCGCGAGCUGAUUAUUGGGGAUCGCCAGACGGGCAAGACGGCCAUUGCUAUUGAUACGAUCAUCAACCAGAAGACGAAGGGCGAUGAUGCGCUCAUGUGCAUCUACGUGGGCGUCGGCCAGAAGCGGUCCACCAUUGCCCAGUUAGUUGGUCAAUUAGAACAGCAGGAGGCGAUGAAGAACUGCAUUGUGGUGGCGGCGACGGCGUCGGAGAGCGCUCCUUUGCAGUUCCUGGCACCCUACACGGGCUGCUCCAUGGGCGAGUACUUCCGCGACAACGGCAAGCACGCCGUCAUCUUUUAUGACGACCUGUCGAAGCAGGCCGUGGCCUACCGCCAGAUGUCCCUGUUGCUGCGCCGCCCGCCCGGCCGCGAGGCCUACCCGGGCGACGUCUUCUACAUCCACUCGCGGUUGCUCGAGCGCGCCGCGAAGAUGGGCAAGAUGGCCGGCGAAGGCUCGUUGACGGCGCUGCCCGUCAUCGAGACGCAGGCCGGCGACGUGUCGGCUUACAUUCCCACCAAUGUGAUUUCGAUCACGGACGGCCAGAUUUUCCUGGAGAACGAGCUCUUCUACCAGGGCCAGCGCCCCGCCAUCUCCGUCGGCCUCAGCGUGUCGCGCGUCGGCUCGGCGGCCCAGGUCAAGGCCAUGAAGCAGGUGUCGGGCACGAUGAAGCUCGACCUCGCCCAGUACCGCGAGGUCGCGGCCUUCGCCAAGUUCGGCUCGGACCUCGACCCGGCGACGCAGCAGCAGCUGAACCGCGGCGUGCGCCUCUACGAGCUCCUCAAGCAGGCCCAGUACGUGCCCCUCGAGUGCGAGGAGCAGGUCGUCAUCCUCUUCGCGGGUGUCCGCGGCUACAUCGACGCCGUCGACGUGAGCGCCAUCCAGGACUACGAGAAGGCCUGGCUCGAGCACGUCAAGUCGUCGCACGGCGGCCUCAUCAAGGCGAUCGUCGACGACGGCUACGUCAUCUCGGACGCGACGGAGGAGAAGUUGGGUGCCGCGUGCGAGGCGUUCACGGCGCAGUUCUCGGCCUAGAUCAUGGAGCUCCGCGGCGGCACCACCCCCACUUCCCCCUAUCGACCGCCGCCCCGCCUCCUAAGAAUACAUAGUAGAC